UCGGAACUUCCUUUCUGUCGUGCUGCCUCUAGAGAUUCUCUAGAUACCUCCACGUUGAGUUGGCGCGUUGAGAUAUCGUCAUCGCUCUCACUUUCCGCGUCAAGUCUUGGCGAUCUAAUCUGAUUACAAAAUCUCAGGCCUGAAUAUCAACGAUGGCGCCUCCUAAGCCGACCCACAAGCCUCUAAACGCAUACAGAAUGACUGCAACACUUAAAAACUUCGCCUACAAGCUCUCUUCGACGUUGUCGUCGUCUGAGGUGCCAACGCUGAAGAAAGAUGGCGAAUUCUCCAAAGCUCGAAAGACGGAGGAUCUAUUCCCCACCACCGACCCCACGAUAGACGGUGACGACUGUUUACACGACUGCGCAACAUGCACGAUCAAGUACCCGCGCAAAUUUGAGAUCGACGAGACGGAAGAGCUGUACGGUCAUGUGAAGGGAUGGCAGACACAUCUGAUUGUCGCAACCGGGAAGACGGAUUGGGUGCGAGAUGUUGCGGAUGAGAAGGGGAGCAUCAUGGAGGCGGUUGACAGAGGGAACGUGAAGCCCAGCAAUGGGAAACUCAUGUUGUCCGCCUCCGACAUGCCUGUACCUAAUCACUCAGACACCAGCUCGAUGGUGUUGCUGCUACCGUCAUGGCAUUUAAUCGAUAACGUUACACCUGCUAACGUCCCCGAUCUCAUCACCAGCUAUGUAGAUCGAAGCCCAACGAAUGACUCGCCGCUACAUCGCAAACCCAUCACAUCCUCGCAGCCGUCGACAGUACCCUCAGAAGGCUCGUCCUCCACAGAUCUAGCAUCGAAAGCUGCAGAGACCACGAUACCGCAUACGAUAUCCACGAAUUCGGAGUUGAGGGCGCGACCGUGUCCGCACAAGUAUCUGAUCCUUCUGUGUAGUCAGAAGACUCGUGAUGCGCGCUGCGGUCAGUCUGCGCCACUGCUGCGACGCGAGUUCGAGCGGCAUUUGCGGCCACUGGGUCUUUACCGAGAUCUGCACGAUGAGCGACCUGGUGGUGUAGGAAUAUAUUUCAUAAGUCACGUUGGAGGACACAAGUUCUCAGCCAAUGUGAUGGUCUAUCGACACUCGUCGACAGUAGAGCAUCCGAACGAGGCCAACGGCCACGCCAAUGGGGUCCAGGAGGCAUUGGAAGAGCUCAAGAUCGAGUCAGACAAAGGUCAUGAGGUGGUUCUAGACGCGAACACGGAGCAACAAGCGGAGAGCGAUGGCGAAGCUGCCCAGUGCAUAUGGCUGGCACGCGUUCGACCAGAGGAUUGCGAAAACAUCAUUAGAUACACCAUCCUGCAGGGUAAGGUGGUUAAGCCUGAGAGGCAGCUAAGAGGUGGAUUCGAUCGAUCGAAGCAAUUGACAAGCUGGUGAUGUUCACCUGUGCCUUUGCGAUAAUACAACUGUCAGCCCUGAACAUCGAG